UGCCCUGUAACGAAGGUGGCGGAGCGCGCAGGGCGGGGUUCAAGGAAUCCAGUGAGAAAUUGCUGCAAAAGCAGGGAUGAUUAUACAGAGAGUAGUGCUGAAUUCACGCCCUGGUAAGAAUGGAGUGCCAGUGGCUGAAAACUUCCGACUGGAACAAAGUACAAUAGCAGAUACAAUGCAAGCAGGACAAGUGCGUGUUAGAACCCUUUAUCUUUCUGUGGACCCUUACAUGCGCUGCCGAAUGAAUGAGGAUACUGGCUCAGAUUACCUCCUGCCCUGGCAGCUGUCUGAAGUUGCUGAUGGUGGGGGCAUUGGGCUUGUAGAGGAGAGCAAGCACGAUAAGCUUGCUAAAGGAGACUUUGUAACAUCCUUCAACUGGCCCUGGCAGACAGUGGCCAUUCUAGAUGGAAGCUUGCUACAAAAGCUUGUUCCACAACUUGUAAAUGGACGCCUUUCCUACUUUCUCGGCGCAGCUGGCAUCACAGGACUGACAGCCCUGUUAGGUAUAAAGGAGAAAGGACACGUGACUGUGGGUGCAAAUCAGACAAUGGUAGUGAGCGGAGCAGCCGGUGCCUGUGGCUCUUUGGCUGGCCAGAUUGGCCGUCUGGAGGGCUGCUCUAAAGUGGUGGGGAUUGCUGGCACAGAUGAAAAGUGCUCCAUUUUGGUCCAAGAAAUGGGGUUUGAUGCUGCUAUCAAUUACAAGAAGGGGAAUGUGGCAGAGCAGCUACGUGAACUCUGCCCAGGCGGUGUGGAUGUUUACUUUGACAAUGUUGGUGGAGACAUCAGUGAUACAGUUAUAAGUCAGAUGAAUCAGAACAGCCAUAUCAUCCUGUGUGGACAGAUUUCUCAGUAUAACAAAGAUGUGCCUUAUCCUCCUCCGCUGCCUCCUGACAUAGCAAAAAUACAGAAAGAAAGGAAUAUCACAAGGGAAAGAUUCUUAGUGUUGAACUAUAUGGACAAACAAGAAGCCAGUAUAUUACAACUCUGUCAGUGGAUCCAAGAAGGUAAACUGAAGGUCAGAGAGACCGUGGUAGAAGGCUUAGAAAAUAUUGGUGCUGCUUUCCAGUCCAUGAUGAAUGGAGGCAAUAUUGGAAAACAGAUCGUCUCCGUUUCUAAGUAAAAGUUACUGCUUCGGGAAAAAUAAUUGGAUUCUAUCUCUAACCGUGAGCAAGUUUUUACUUAUACUAAUUUCCACUUUUUUAAAUAAACCAUGAAGUUGUUCUGUAUGUACUGAAAGCAGAGAUUCUGGGAUGCUAAGGCAGAACAUAUGCUAAUAAACUAAAUAGAACUGGAAACAGGAAUGCAGUAAUUUUUACUAGAAAUGAGUAAUAUGUUCUUUGACAUGAUUUUGGCAGUUGCCAGCUAGCAUACUUGGAAAUAUUUCAUGGGUAUGGUUUGGAAGUUAGAACGUCCUAUGAACCAUUUCCAGUAAGCAAUUUGUAUGCAGCCACCUAGUUUUGGUCAUUAAAGAAUUUACUAGUGUAGAUGUGCACCGUUCCCAUCCUAGUUUGUUUCAGUGCCCAGGAACUUCUCUAGGAAUUUUUAACUUACUAGUGGUGUAAGUUUACCCUGACAGUCAAAUCAAUCUGGCUAAUCAUUUUAGAAUGUAACUGUUCUCAUUUUUACAGAUAAUUGCAAUGAAAAAUUCUAUUUCUGGAAUUCAAGGUCUCUAAUAAUAAAGGUAUUUCCA